CUUCAAACGCGAUCUCGAGGACACAUGGCAGAUGAUGCGGCGUGAGGCAGAGACGAGGUGGGAGGCAAAGGAAAAGGAACAGGAAAGCCGACUUCCAGCAGACCAUAGCGAAAAGGCAAUAGAUCCUCCUGAAGGUGGGACUCUUUUCAAAAAGAAAAAGUACAUCGUUUUCGGUUGCCAUCAUGGUGCUUACGCAUGUGGAGGUCACGGUGAUCGCUGGAAUGGCAUAUUUGUGGCUUUCUUGCUGGCAGUGGUGACGGGACGUGACUUUCUGAUUGACAUGCCUGAUCCAAUCGCUCUCGAUAACUUUCUCGUGCCAGCGCGUGACCCCUUCAUUAUGAGCGACUCAGCUUUCGGCUUUGUUAAAGCUCGACCGUAGCAUUUUUGAGUCACUUAACUUCCGUCUACUACUCCCUCGGAGUAAUUCCUAUGUCGAAGUGAAUUAAUGACAGAGUGCGAACAGUUGCUUACCAUGUUUUUCCGUUAGGCAGAGCUUCUCUUCAUUUCCACCGGAGAGCGCAACGUGGACUGGGUCGUCGACGACGAGCUUCGAGUGCAGUUAGGGCUACCGGGUAAGCGCGCAUUUCUGCUGUGGGACUACAACGAAUUUCGGGAAAAGUAUUUCCGACAAUUUCUGCAUUCCGCUGAUGAAGUAAUUCUCAUAUACACCAACAAAAAGUCCUUUUUCGGGCAAAUAUACCGCUACUUGUUUUACGAAAGGCAGGCACAGACGGACUGGGUUCGAAUGCCGUAUCUGGCGCAUUACGUUUUUGAAUAUUUGUUCCAGCCCAGUGUGCACAUGCUGAAGCGCCUCGUAGCUUUCGAUACGAACACUAGUACAACACUCACAACAACUGCCGGGCAUGGAACGAGCAACAUGGACAACAACGACGAGCCACGCGCAAGCAAAAAUACUUCGUUCGGCUCAUCUGAGUUCGUAAGCAAACUAGAGGAAACCCAAAUUAGUGGGCGCCUGAGUAUUGAUCCAGCAGCAAUGCAAAGCAUUUGGAACACGGACGAAUUAAAUGCACGCGUUGUUGCCUUGGCCGCCGAAAAUCACUACCUGAAUCCACCAAGAGAGGAUAAAAGCAAUGUGGAUCCCGAUAGUACUCGUCCACCAUUACUGCGGCAUCAACCCGUGAACGUAUUCACAGAGCACUUCAUCGGAAUCCACUAUCGCUCGGGGGACAUAAAGGCUGGCUUUGGCCAAGUGAACGAGGACAUCGACGUGAGACAUGGCGUGGACAUGCUGGUACGCAUGCUGUCGUGUGCGAGCGAAGUUGAAAGAGUCUUAGAGCUCGACAGCGCCCGCACAAGGUGGUAUUUGGCAAGCGACAAUGCGGAGGUGUUUGCCGAAGUGCCACAAGUAACUAGCUGGAUCGAAAGUGGUAAAAUAUUUCAUGUUGGGAACACGCGCACAAGGACGCAUCUUUCUCAGCUGCAGGCGACCUCACAGACGCUAAAUAUUUCUGGAGCAUCUCAACAAGCUCAUGGCCUUGACUCGAAAAUUUAUCAAAAUGAGCAGGAGAUGAAUCAAGCAGAGGCCUACAUUUCUUCACCACGCUUCAGAAAGCUGGAUCAGAUUCGUGGUGUGUCUGACGGAUGGACCGACUUUCUUGUCCUGUCAAAAGCUGUUGCGGUCAUCGCGUCAAGCUCGGCUUUCGGUCUGGUUGCGAGUCAGGUGGGUGCUGUACCCUAUGUUUUCUCCUCAGAUUCUUGUAUCAGAAUAGAUUUACACUAAUUGAUCUCUCAUGGACCUCAUAGUAACAAACACAAACACAAACUGUAACAGUCAUACACAAAACCUAUCUGACUGUCACUGUGUUGCUAUUUUGAAUGAUGGACAAGAUGCGUGUCCUGAGAUUCAAAGUCAAAACGAUUUGCACGAAAGGUUGAGUAUCGAUUUUAACAAAGAGCGGGUAGUAGGAGAAAGAUAUUAAGAUUAAGGAUUCUGAAGGGAUUGCCCUCUCGUCAUGCAACAGAAAAUGACCAGCAAAGGCGCUCGCAAAGCUCUUGUGAUUGUGUCGUGAACUUAGAUAGAAAAAUUCUGCUAGGUUUUGCUCUCAUGGC